AUGUGGCAAACAGAACCAUGGGCACUUGGAAAGCUAAAAUGGAAAAGGUGCUUUACUUUGAAAGCCUAUUGUUUUGCUUUGAAUCUUAAAGUGAGAAAUUUACUGCAGCAGUUUUGUCUACAAUCUGAUUUCAUUCUAGAGGCUGUGGAGCAAAUCCAAGAGCAAAGCAACCGGCCAACCAAGGCAGCAGAACUCUUUCUUCAGUCUAUUCUACAGCUCAAGGAGGAUGGAUGGUUCCGUGGUUUUCUGGAUGCACUGAAAGCAUCGGACUAUACUGGCCUUUAUCAAGCAAUUGAAACAUGGGAUUUCAAGACAAUUGAAAGUUUGGAACCUCACAGGGAACUGUUGAAACGAAUUGAGCCCGCUAUUCAGGAUAUUGACGUCAUAGAUCUUCAGAGGUACAUGGGAGGAUGCCUCCAAUCUCAGGAAUGGGAAGAAAUUCAUCAGAUUAGUCACAAUAAAGGGAGAAGAGCAAGUGCGAGCAAACUGCUGGAAUGCCUGUGUAGAUCAGACAAAGAACAUUGGCCUAAAAUGUUCCAACACGCACUGUAUGAGGCUGGAUACGACAAUCAUGGCAAGCUGUGGGAUUUGAAAGGAGAUUAUAAUACAGACGUUGAAAUGGAAAAUGAUGAAAGCAGCGGUGUUUUUCAAAUACAGAUUUCUGAAGAAGCAGAAUCUGAUAAUCUUUGUGGGAGUUCAUGUUCAGCUUCAGAUACCUUCCAGCAGACCAGAUAUGUGCCGAGGAAGGCAAGGAGCUAUCAGAUAGAACUUGCUGAGCCUGCUCUUAAUGGAAAACACACCAUGAUUUGUGCCCCUACUGGAUCUGGGAAGACUUUUGUGUCUAUUAUGAUAUGUGAGCAUCAUCUCUGCAACAGACCUGCUGGGCAGACAGGAAAAGUAGUCUUCCUCGCUACAAAAGUUCCAGUUUAUGAACAACAGAAGAAAGUCUUCCAGGAACACUUCAAAACUGACUACAAAAUUGACGGCAUCUGUGGAGAAAAUGCUUCCUCGACUUCUGCAGACAUAGUUAUUCAGCAGAAUGAUAUUAUUGUCAUGACGCCCCAGACUCUUUUGAACUCUCUGAAUAAUAAGGGGACAAAUAUUUCUCUUUCAACAUUCACAUUGAUGAUAUUCGAUGAGUGCCACAACACUACAGGGAAUAACCCAUAUAAUAUGCUAAUGUUCAAGUAUUUGGACCUUAAACUGAAGCAAGGAGCACACUCGUUACCUCAGACUUGUAACUAUUUUAGAAGAAUUAAAUGUGCAGCUAAUAAUGGCGGUUUCUUUUUUAUUUUUACUACAGUUAUUAGGUUUAUUGGGACCCGUCCACAAAAUCGUUUUGUAGAUAUUGUAUCUCAGAUGAUGUCAAAAGCAGAGGAUCUAGCAAGACAAUUUUAUCCUAUUGAUGACUUGUCUGUGAUGACGAAACAGUGUUAUGGGACCCAGAAGUACGAGCAGUGGAUUGUCGACGUGCAGAAGAAAGCUGUGGUGUUACAGUUUAAAAAUACCGAAGAAGAGAGCCGAGUCUGCAGGGCUCUGUUUAUUUGCACGCAGCACCUCCGGAAAUACAAUGAUGCCUUAAUCAUCAAUGAAGAUGCCCGAAACAAAGAUGCUUUGGAUUAUCUGAAAGAUUAUUUUGAGGAUAUAAAAAAUGGCAACUUUGAUGAUAUUGAAGAACAGUUGGCUUCAAAUUUUGAAGUUAAUUUGUUAGAACUCACUGCUGCUUCCGAUGAUGAAUCAAAUGAAAACCCUAAAUUGGAAGAUAUUCAAGAGAUUUUGGGAGAGGCAUAUCAUGUCAAUCCUGAGACACGCACUAUUCUCUUCGUGAAGACAAGAGCGCUGCUGGCAGCAUUGAAGAACUGGAUAGAAGAAACGCCUGAACUUCAGUUCUUGAAGCCACAGACGCUGAUGGGACGUGGGAAAAGAAACCAUUGCACAGGCAUGACCCUCCCAAAUCAAAAAGGGACUUUAGAUGCCUUCAAAAUCAAUGGGGACAGCAAGCUGCUAAUAGCAACUUCAGUGGCUGACGAAGGGAUCGAUAUUGUUCAGUGCAACCUGGUCCUACUAUAUGAAUACACAGGCAACAUCAUCAAAAUGAUACAAGUCAGAGGUCGUGGAAGAGCAAAAGACAGCAAGUGCAUUCUUGUGACGAGCAAAAAAGAAGAGGAAGAGAAGGAGAGGUACAAUUUACAAAAAGAGAAAAUGAUGAACAAAGCUAUUGAAGAGGUACAGAGCUGGGAUGAAAAGACGUUUGCAAAGAAGAUAAACAAGUUGCAAAAGCAGCAAAUAAAAAUGCUAAAUUCCAAGAAAAAACCAACAGAACCCAAACCCUGGAAAGACAAUCUAGUCCUUUUGUGUGGGAAAUGCAAAACCCAGGCCUGCAACACGGAAGACCUCCGGGUGAUUGAGGAGUCGCACCACACUGUUUUAGGUGAGAAAUUUAAAACACGGUAUACCACAAAACCUCAUAAGGCAGCAUGCAACUACGGGGAUUUUGAGAAAAAAUCCAAGGUGCAUUGCAUCAGUUGCGGUCACGACUGGGGAAUCAUUGUGAAGUACAAGACCUUUGAGGACAUGCCCAUCAUUAAAAUUGAGAGCUUUUCUGUGCAGGAUGUUGUUAGCAGCAAACAGUUUCAUUUCCGAAAAUGGAAGGAUGUUGAUUUUGCAAUGAAAGACUUUGAUUUUGAAGAGCUAUCUUACUGAAGUACGGUCUAUUCAAACUUUAUAAUCUUGCAUGACCUAGUUAAUUCUAUUUUAAAGUCAAAUUGGUAACUGAGGUCCUAUUGACUUUCCACUUACUCCAGUGUAAAAAUUCAAACUCCAAGUAGCUGUGACAUCUGAUUCUUAGUACGCUUCCAAUAAUCAGCGCUUCUUCAAAAAAGCUGAUCUGUUUCCACUGCUGUCUUUUGUUUACGCAAUCUAAUAAUAAAUGUACAUAUUUGAAACUUUAAA